CUCUUCGUCUCCAACCCACCCAAUCCUCCCUCCAAUUAUAAAUACACCUUCAAUUUCAUGUUCCCAUGCACAAUAUCACACAACCCCAGCUAAAAAUUAAAUCCCUGUUUCAUCCGAAACCCUAAUCUCCGACUUUCUGUUUUUGAAUUCGAUUGGAUCGAAAUGGCUCGUACUAAACAAACUGCUCGUAAAUCAACCGGUGGUAAGGCACCUAGGAAAACUCUUGCUGCUAAGAAUUUCUCUGUUACAAAGGCUGCAAGAAAAUCAGCUCCGACUACUGGUGGUGUAAAGAAGCCCCAUCGUUACCGCCCUGGAACCGUCGCUCUCCGUGAAAUCCGCAAGUACCAGAAGAGCACCGAGCUAUUGAUCCGCAAACUUCCCUUCCAGCGACUUGUUCGCGAAAUUGCUCAAGAUUUCAAGACUGAUCUGAGAUUCCAGAGCCACGCAGUGUUGGCACUCCAGGAGGCUGCAGAGGCUUACCUUGUAGGUCUGUUUGAGGACACCAACCUGUGCGCCAUUCAUGCUAAAAGGGUUACCAUAAUGCCUAAGGAUGUUCAGUUAGCUCGUCGUAUUCGUGGUGAGCGUGCUUAAGAAGAUUCAACAAGUAUAUACGAAGCUCUUGUUUGGUUUUUUGAUAGAUGAAGAUAUAUAUACGGAGUACUACGUAGUAGUAAAUUUUUAGUUGGGGCAUUGUUGACUGUGUGUAUAUGCACUCAUUACAUUACCUAGUUGGAUGCAUUUUUGAUUUAGAAUUGGUUUCAGUUUAUUUGAUUCAAUUUGCUUUGAGUUAAUUAAUCAAAUUUUUAGUUUUUA